AUGGCAGGAGACCUUUCACUACAGCUACUUCAAGAAAUGCAGCGUCAAAUGCAAGAAAUGAGGGCCGAAAUAGCUGCGAUGCGGGCUGAACGAGUUCAGAACAGGUUACCUACUCAUUCCGUUCAGUUAGAAACGGUGAAUAUUGAAAGUGAGGAGAGUGGUCAUCAGGCCACUAGGAGAGAGGGGGAUGGAAAUGAAAACGAACAGAACAGGCAUGGAGGUGGGGAGAAUGGUCCGAACGUAGGUCAAAGGAACGGUGUGGCGGAUGAAAAUAGUGGAGCCAAUUUCAAUGGCCGCAACGAUGGUCAUCGAAAUGUGUCCGGCGAACGGGUUCCAACUAUUGCCGAUCGGGAAAUUGAGGUGCCUGAUCAAGCAGAAGGCCUGCAUCCAUUCACAGCACGUGUAAUGCGAACGGGCAUGCCAGAAAACAAGGUGUUGCCUAUAAUGGAACGGUAUGGGGGUUCAACGGAUCCUAUUAAACACCUCAGAUCCUUCAUUGACGCCAUGGCAGUGUAUUCUUCGGAUGAAACGGUAUGGUGCAGAGUCUUUUCUUUAUCAUUGAAAGGAGAGGCUCUAGAUUGGUUUCACUCGUUGGCACCCCGAACGAUAGAUUCUUUUGCCACUCUUAGAAGGCUAUUCAACCAACAAUAUAUAUCAAAUAAAACACCUGGGAUGACGUACACGGCCUUGAUGAGAAUUAGGCAAGGAAGAGAGGAGACGCUCAAAGGAUUCAUGGAAAGGUUUAAUCGAACGGCCCGACAGGUACGGAAUGUUGAUCAAAGAUUGAUAGUCAGCGCCUUAACUACCGCUUUAAGGCCCAGACCGUUUGUGGAUUACCUAUACGCAGAAGAACCGCAAAGCAUGGCCGACUUGCAGCACAAAUUAGCAAGUUUUAUUCGAAUCGAAGAAGGAAGAGCUCAUUAUAAAGGCCAUGACAAUGAACCGAGAGAACAAAUGAGGAAAGACGGAACGAGUAGGGGGAUGCAAAGAAGAGAUGAACGACCGGUCGGGCUUAGAAGGGUAGAUCCACCAAGGAUAUUGCAGAAUGUGCAUCACACACCUCUCAAUGCUCCUCGUGCCAGAGUGAUGGAAGAGGCUUUGAGAGCUUAUUUGUUAAAAGUGGCCGGACAUUUACAAAAAUUCGUGCAACGCCGUCAGACGUUGAUACCGAUCACCACAACUCACCAAAAGACCAAAAGUAGACACGAUCGGAGUAGAAGUAGAAGCCGGAGUAGGGAAAGAGUGACAAGGGGCGUCAUAAACACCAUUUCUGGUGGGUUCGCAGGAGGGGGCCCAUCGAUAUCUGCCCGUAAGAGACAUUUACGAAGUUUAUAUCAUGUAAACCAAGUAGGAGCCGAACGGAGAUCUAUGCCUGUGAUCUCCUUUUCAAAUGAAGACUUUAAUGCCUCAGACCCCGAUCAGGAUGACCCGAUGGUGAUAGUUGCUAUGAUCGCUCGAUAUCAAGUGGGAAAGGUGUUAAUUGACCAAGGGAGCUCAGCCAAUAUCUUAUAUUGGAAAACAUUCGAACAAAUGGAUAUACCGGAAGGGGCCAUUCAACCUUUUCAUGAGCAAAUUGUAGGCUUUGCAGGAGAACGGGUAGAUACCAGGGGGUAUGUAGAACUCAAAGUCAGCCUGGGACUAGAAAAAGAUGCAAAGGAGCUUCAAGUUCGUUUCUUAUUGGUAGAGGCAGAUACAUCAUACAAUGCACUUUUAGGACGACCUUGCUUGAAUGCAUUUGGUGCGAUUGUAUCAACGCCACAUUUGGUAUUGAAAUAUCCGGAUGAUCGGGGAAAGGUGUGUACCGUCCGUGCUAAUCAAAAGAUGGCAAGGGAAUGUUACGCGGCUGGGCUCAAAGUAAGACAACGACUUCACACGAAAUCGGAAGAUCGAUCGGUGAUAGUGGUGGCUGAUUUAGACCCAAGGUUAAACACGGAUGACCGGUUGGAGCCUAUUGGUGAAACCCAACCGAUCAGCCUAGGAAACGAACCGGACAGGCACACAUCGAUUGGGAAGAGCUUGAGUGAAGACCAGGCGAAGGCAGUGGGCAGAAUAUUGUUCGAGAAUAAGGAUCUAUUUGCAUGGGUACCAUCUGAUAUGCCGGGAAUACACCCUGAUAUUAUUUCUCAUAAGCUGUCAAUAUUUCGUGAUGCUCGACCGGUCGCACAAAAGAAAAGAAGAUUAGGACCAGAAAAGAGACAGGCAGUAGACGAAGAGGUACGAAAGUUGUUAGAUGCGGGAUUCAUUCGUGAAGUGAAAUAUACUACCUAG